UCUAUUUAAGCAGAAGUCUGGUCAAACAAAUAUAAAUUUUUUGCCUUCUACUAGACGAGCUGCUCUUGUAAAAAAAUCUUCAUCAGACCGCAGGAAUCCUUAUCUAAUUACUUCCAUAAUGUCCUACCCAACAACUCUGCAAUUGAUUGGUGGUAAUGGAGGUGGACCAUUUUCAUUUACUGGUAGGAACAACGGUGCCAGUCUAGAAAAGAUCGGGGUUUGGGUGGAAGGAUGGCAGGUGAAGGCUGUCAAGGUCUGGCUUUCAGAUGGGAACAAUCGAACCUUUGGAGAACCAUCAGGACCAUAUCAAGAGUACACGUUCCAGCCUGGUGAGUGUUUCACCUCUCUGUCCCUGUGGGGCAAUGGAGCAGGAACACGUCUUGGAGCCAUCAAAUUCAAGACCAGCAAGUCUAGAGAAUUUUUUGUGAAAAUGACAAGUUGGCCAUUAAAAAAAGAAUACCCUAUCGAUGUCGGCUCUGGAUUUUGUCUGGGCAUUGAAGGAAGAGGUGGUGCAGACAUUGACUGCAUGGGAUUUCUGUUUCUCAAUGCUGUUCAAUCAAUGGUUCUCGCCAAUAUCAACUAUCCCACCAUUAAUCAAAAGAUUCCUCAGGUCAGUGUUGAAGAACUAAAAUCCAUCAAUUACAAGAAUGACACCUCAGUCAGUCAAAAGCAAACAAUUGAAACCUCAAAGAAAGUAACCACAAAAUCCUCAUGGUCUGUGAGUAACAACUUAUCGGCUACAUUUUCUAUGGAAGUGAAGGCUGGAAUUCCAGAGAUUGCCAAAGUUUCAACAGGAUUCAGUUUUACCAUUGGAACAGAAAAUACAUACAGUCGUGAGCAAACAGAAGAAAGAACGGAAACUCUGUCUACCAGUAUUGAAGUUCCACCAGGAAAGAAGGUGGAUGUUAAUAUCACCAUUGGCAGAUCCAGUUUUGACCUGCCUUACACUGGCACAGUAAUUAUAACUUGCAAGAAUGGCAGUUUGCUGCAGUAUGAAACCAAGGGCCAAUACAAAGGUGUUACUUACACUGAUAUUAAAGUAAAUACUAAAGAGUCCAAACUUUGAGCUAAAUAUAUGAACAAAACCUCCUUAAUAAAAUGUUUGGCUAAGCCCCUCAAUUCCAGUAUAAACAAACUACAAUGCUCCAACAUACAAGGACAUUCUAUAGAUUUGUGUGAAUUCAACUAUGGUGCAUCUGUUGACCAAAGGUUGACUAGGAUGGGGGUCCUCAAGCCAGCCAGCUUUUUUUAAGCCUCAUUAUUUGAUUUUGGUGCUGGUUUUAUCAGUGAUGUAUAAAUAGUUUUACAUUAAUUUGUUUGGGUUUUGGGAAGGGGGAGUGGAGAUAUCUAUUGAACACUGUCUUUUACAAAUAUACUUUUAAAUGCUAAUACACAAUUAUUCAUACAGCAAUACACUUCGUAUAAUCACCAUAACAUUUUCUCGAGUGACAUGAUUUACUCCAUGUAUAAUUUUCAAAUGUGUUUAAUGUUAUAUUUAAUAAAAGCAUUAAAUGAA